AUGGCUACCUUGUGCAAGGUUGUGCACAACGUGAGAAGCAGAACAUCUCUAUCUUCUCUGAAUACAGUUUUUGGUCGUAAGGCAUUUUACACCACUGAUGUUAGUGAUCUGUCUGGGGGAGACGCCGGUAAGGAAAGUAGCACACCUGCUCCUGAGAAACCAAAAGGUGGUUUUGCUGCCGCUUACGAGCUACACUCAGAUAUUCAACAGAAGCAGCACAGUAAAGAUGUCCGAACAGGGUCUUCGAGGGACGAAAAGUCUUUCGCAUCUUUGUUGCGACACUCUCCUUUGAUGCAGAUGGGUCCUGCUAAGGACAAAAUUGUCAUUGGCAAGAUAUUUCACGUUGUCAAGGACGAUCUGUACAUUGACUUUGGAGCUAAGUUCCACUGUGUCUGCAAACGCCCGUCCGUCGACGGUGACAAGUACCAGAGGGGAGGUAGAGUCAGACUCCGGUUGGUAGACCUGGAACUGACCUCUCGUUUUCUUGGGGCAACCACCGACACGACCCUUUUGGAAGCUGAGGCUGUUCUUCUCGGACUGAGCGAAAUCAAAGAUCAAAAGCCGAAAGAGUGAUUAACGUGGUGUCUAGGGACUUCAUCUGCAUUGGGAUCAAAUGUGACAUUGACUUGACCAAUGCAUUUCCUUAAUUUUUAUUGUCUGCUAUCUAGACUUUAUGUUCAUCUUGGACGCUACUGUAUAGUGAAGAGAAUACGGAAUUGUUAAUAAGUUUGUCUAUGUGCAGUGCCACAUGAACAAUAAAUUAUGCAAUAAAUGACACGGUAGAGAAAACGGAUUAAGUCAA